UCACACUGACAGGUUAGUGUCCUCUGCGGCACGCGAAAGUUUAUCCACUCUCUCCGGAACUUCGCAGCUCACUGUCCGAACUGACGUUUGCUGCUCCCGGCUCCGGUACCAACUGACGUGCGGAUGUUUCUCUCGAACACUUUUCAGAACUUUUCCGCGGGAUUUGUUAACGUUUGUUAGCCAACUUUAAAAGAGCCGUUUAACGGAGACACAUAGUUUCCGAGCCGCGUAGCUGUGAGUUUAUUUUAAACCGGAACUGAGGGGCAAACUAAUUAAUUUACCAUCCACCUGAACGUGACGGAGCUCGUUUUUGUUUUUGUUUUUUACGUCUCGGUUAUUUGCUUUAUUCCCGCGACAUUUCGCUCUUAUUUUAACCGGAUAUCACAGGAAACUUGGAAACUUUCCCGACAACUUGCAGGAAAAUGGAGUCUGAAAGCAGAUAACAUUAAGCGACCAGGGGAAACAGACGUUAUUUCCGCUUCAUCGGCCGGGUUUUAACGAAACACCUCCGGGACUGUGCGAGCCAGGAUGCCCGGAGAGUCCUCCGUCAACUUCAGCGUCCUCCACCGGAUUUGUAAGCUGGUGGUGCUGCUCUGUUUUCUCCACAUCGCCGUCACCGUGGUCUUCUAUGUCCGCUCCUUCGAUUUCCGCCUCGCCUUCGUUCAGAAUCAGCAGUCCAGUAAUAACAUCCCUAAGAUCCAGAAUAACAACCCGGUGGUGACCUCCGGACUCGAGCCUGCGAAAGACGGGGAUAAAGUCUCCGAAAAGGGGGAAGUCUUGGAGCAGCCGGUGAAGAAGCUGGAGAAAUGCCCCGAGACGUCCCCCCUGCUGGUGGGUCCCCUGCGAGUGGAGUUUAACAUUCCUGUAAACCUGGAGCUGAUAAAAAAGGAGAACCCCAACGUGCAGCCGGGCGGACGCUUCAAACCCAAAGACUGCGAGGCGCUGCAGAAAGUGGCCAUCAUCAUCCCGUUCCGCAACCGAGAAGAGCACCUCAAGUACUGGCUGUACUACCUGCACCCGAUCCUGCAAAGGCAGCAGCUCGACUACGGGAUCUACGUCAUCAACCAGGAUGGCGACGAGACCUUCAACAGAGCCAAGCUGCUGAACAUUGGCUACGCGGAGGCCUUGAAGGAGUACGAUUACAACUGCUUUGUCUUCAGCGAUGUCGACCUCAUCCCCAUGGACGACCGCAACACCUACAAGUGCUUCAGCCAGCCUCGGCACCUGUCUGUGUCCAUGGACAAGUUCGGCUUCAGGUUACCGUACAAUCAGUAUUUUGGAGGCGUCUCCUCGUUGAGUAAAGAGCAAUACUUGAAGAUCAACGGCUUUCCCAACAACUAUUGGGGCUGGGGAGGAGAGGACGAUGACAUCUACAACAGGGUGGCGUCUAAAGGAAUGUCCAUCUCCAGAGCCACCGGUGAAAUCGGGAAGUGCCGCAUGAUCCGACACAACAGAGACAAGAUGAAUGAUCCAAACCCACAGAGGUUUAACCGGAUUGCUCACACUCGAGAGACCAUGAACAAAGACGGCAUAAACUCUCUGAAUUACCAGGUGGUGAACAUCCAGAAGCUUGACCUUUUCACUAUGAUCACCGUGGAUGUGGGAAAGCCAUGAAGGAUCUGUGGCACCGGGACCAGGCUGAAAUCCACACCGUGCCUCUGACACUUGAAGCUUUAAGUUCUGGUUCUGUUCCAGAACUACUGGACUGUUUCCGUGAUUUUUUUUUUUUUUAAAGUGUUUUUGUUUUUUGGGUUUUUGCACAAACAGACUCAUGGUUUGUGGAGUUUUUUCGGGGCCUUAAGGACUCAUUUCUGAUUGGUCAGCUGGAACCAAUCAGCUCCCACCAUCUGUGCGUCAGACGCUGCUGCUGGGAUAUUUCCUAAACAAGACUUUUGUUUUGAAAAUCAGACAAUCAGAGCUGCCCUCAGGGUCAUGUGGUCUGGGCUUUACUGCUGGAGGAUUAGGGGUUAUUGAGUGUGUCUGUUUUACCUUUUUUUAAAAAUCAGGUUUGUGAUCAAUGUUUCUUUUUUUACAGCCAAAGUUUAAUCCAAAAUGAAACAAGAGUCUGUUCCUCAAUAGAUUAUAUUACUAAUUAAUCAGCACUGAUUGAUUAUCUGCUUGUUUUGAUUCCAACAAAACAGAAAAAAAGAAAAAUGAUAGAUUAUCGGUGAUGGUUGGUUUCUCUGUUGACUGAUUAGCUGUACUUCAUUUUGAUUGAUUGAUUGAUUGAUUGUAUCUCUAAGUGUCCUUAUUGGUACCAAAGACUUUACUGAUCCUGUGGAUGAGGUCAACUGACUGCUGGACAAGUUCGUUUGAUUAUUGAUGACACAUAUUGAUCCAGUGUGUGUUAUCUGUCCUGCAUGUUCAUUUGUGUCUGCAGACCAGUCUCCUCCUCACUCUGUGAACAAAUCACCUGUAAAUGUGCCUUAGUGGUGGGACUGGUGGAGAAGCCAGUGUAUGAAUGUGUGUUUUGUUUUGUUUUGUUUUUAUUCCCUUUAAUAUGCCAUGUGUAUGUUUUUCUUGGUGUCUUGUUUCACUCGGUGUUUGUGGUGUUGUCUCUAUGGGUCAUGCUGUGCUGUAGAUAAUCAUUUCCAGGGUGGAGGUCAGCCUGACCCACAGAGACGAAACGUGAAUCAGAACACAGCAGGCUAGAAAAAAAAGAAAAGGUAAUAAUCCUUUUAAAAGCACUAAAUUCAGAUUCAUAAAACCAGUUAAAUUAAUAAAUACCUGAAAUCAGAUUUCUGUCCUGCUGCAGUGAUUUUGGCUAUAAUAUGUUUCUGUAUGUGGACAUUAAAGAUGAUGUGUUGGGCAUUGUUUCCUCUAUUUGCAUUCCUUUCCUGUAAUGCAAACAGCAUUUCACAAUUUAAAAAAAAAAAAGAAAAAAUUAAGUAAAUAAAGAAUUAUUUGGUUUCCCUG